UCUGUUUUCAAACGCUUUUUUGUUUUGUUUACAUUUUUUUUAUAGGAAUCAUUUUUAUACAUACAUUCCAUUUGUUUGAAGCCUUAUUUUAUUCCAGGGAAAAUUAGAUAUCCUGGCCGGCAAAAAUUUGAAUGUCAUAGGAGCUCCAAUGGACGAAAUAUACGUGUCCUGCAUAAAGAUCAACGGAAAACCUAUUCUUCCUCCGUUGCUUACUGAUGAGCAGCGGAAGGAGAUGAAGAAUUACCGAGACCUGGCUCUGCAAAUUGAGCUGAAAAUACGAGAUAGAAAAAUCGAAGUGAACAUCGACGACAGAAGUGUUGCAGAGAAGUCAUCUUUUCAACAGCAGCAAGAACCUCCCGCGUCGCCAACGUUUACAGAGAGCACGGAAAUGAACCUCGAGCUGGACACCAGCAGCGAAGCAACCUUCACACCCUGUCCCGGAAGUCGACUCGUCCGAAGCGAAUCCUACACAGUCGAAACUCCUAGUCAAGCUCUGUUGAACUCGGUCGCCGAGUCAGAGGUGUCCGAAACUCCUACCCUGACAGAAUCAAGGCCCAAAUCUCUUCCAAAGUUCACGUGCGUCCGAAAGAAAUCGGCCAAAGUUGCCACUAUUUUUAGUCCAAAGAAGCAGAAGAAGACACCUAUGAAGAAAAGGGUGGUCCAGAAGGAGGUGGAGUCUGAGGAUUCAGAAAAUACCGUUGUUGAAGGGGACUACAUGCACAAUCUGAUCCAGAGCAUGAAGGAGGAGUAUGAAUUGAAACUAGAGAGGCUGCGUCAACAGCAGGAAGAAGAGAAGAUGCGGCUGAGGGAGGAGUUUUUGAAACAGCAGGACGAAGUUUUCCAAAAACUGAACAUCAGCUCCUCACCGGAAAGACCACCGUCGCCUCCGAUUAAAUCUGAAAAGAGCCCAUUUUUGGUAUAUUCAAAAAAUUUGAACGAUUUGACAAAUCGGAUGUCACAGCUGCCCUUAGCAGCUCUGGUGCGCGGCUACUUUGUGCGACGCCUCCACAAAACUGAGCGCGUCCAGACCAUCAAGGCGCAAAUCAAAGAGACCCUGUGUCUGGCCAUCAACAUGCACGAGCAGCCGCAACCUUUGAGCGCCGCAGACAUCACUCUCCACGGCCGCCUGAUUCAGCAACUGGACCAGUCCCUCUGUGAACUGCACUCGCUCUUCUUUGACAACGGCGUGACUGAUAUGCUGAAGGUCAUUGCUUCGGACCGGGAGAGGAUGAGGAGGGGUUCUUUGAGCAGCAGGUCCUCCUCGUCAGGCAGAAAGGUCUCUUCGGCCACUGAACGCAGACAGGAAAUGCGAAAACGAAGUCAGCAAGAGAACUUGACGCCAAAAACUGGAAGAGAUUUACUGGUGCUUAAGGAAAUUCGCCGAAGACGUGCUGUGAGGUCUGCCGACAGCACUAGAUCAAUUUUGACAGAGAGCUCCGGUUUUGACGGAGGCAACUUGCGCCCUGCAAAACAAUUUGUUGUGCCUUGGCGAUGAAUCUAAGGACUGAGAUAACUUCCUCACAAAAUUAAUGCAUUUGUCCGAGUACUUGCCAAAGAUUAUUUAUAGAAGUAAUCAGCUAAUUGCACUGGAAACUUGCAAGUCUUAUAUAAGCACUGAUUUAAACUAAUUGUUAGCUUAAGAAAUUGUAUGUUGAUCAAAUAUAUUUGUAAAACGGUUCGGGACCAAUAGUAUUAAAUGAAUGUAUGAAGACGAGAAGUCUCUCUCCAGAUCAAAUCUCACCUUGUGUCAAGUGAGCACUGCUUGUAUUUUUUUUACUAACACAAUUGAAUUGCCCAUUAAAAUUCACAAAACAACAACA